AUGGCCGAUCAUUCUGCAAGAGCAUGUCCAUAUGAUCGUGCUAAUAUAUUCUCAAAGAUCACAUUUUGGUGGAUGAAUGCCUUGUUCAAACUAGGCUCAAGCAAUCAUUUGACAUAUUUAAAUGUAUGUGAUGUUUCAAGUAAUGAUGAAUCAAGUCUUCUUCAUUCAAAACUUGAAAGGUACUGGAAAGAAGAAGUUCAAAAAUAUUCGGAAGGUGGCAAGGCUAGUCUUCUUCGAGCUGUCCUCAAAUCAUUCAUGUGGCAGUGGAUUACACCAGGACUUUUAGUUUGUAGCUUUGAAAGUAUCAAACUGGUGCAGCCGUACCUCAUUGGCUUGUUGGUGUCAUAUUUAAAUGAUGAUGCUGGUGCAGUGCCUUUGGAGAUAGCUUACGGCAUUGGUGGUUGCUUAGGACUGAGUGCCGUUCUGCAGAUUUGUCUCAACCCAACUUACUUCUUCGUCAUGCAGCAUGUGGCCAUGAGAAUGAAAGUCGCUGUCGGGGCUCUUAUUUACAGAAAAGUUCUCUCACUAAGUUCAGAGGCAUUCCAGACUACCUCAGCUGGUCAGAUUGUGAAUCUUCUGUCCACAGACAUUGAGAAGUUUAAUUCAUCUAUAGAUCUUCUGCAUUACUUGUGGGUGGCGCCACUGUCUAUUGUUAUUGUGAUGUACCUCAUUUAUCGGCAAAUUGGUGCUUCAUGCUUCUGGGGUCUUGGAGUCAUCGUUAUUAUUGUGCCACUUCAAGUUGGCCUGUCGACCGCUUUUGGAAAACUGGGGCAAAAGAUUGGUGCAUGUUCUGACAGACGCAUGCAGCUGAUGUCUGAAGUUGUCAUCGCUAUGAAAGUUAUCAAAAUCUAUUGCUGGGAACAGCCAUUUCAGGCCCUUAUAUCUAAAUUACGAAGACAGGAAACAAUUUUUUAUUGUCUUGGGGCUGGAAUCAAAGGCCUAAAUAGGGGUAUGGAGGAAGUUUGCAUGCGUGGUCUUGCCCUGACAUUUUUCCUGUCACAUUACUACAUGGCUGGAUACUCACUGGAGCCGUUGAAGGUGUUCUUCAUCUUGUCUCUUUUGGACACUGUCCGACUGACAGGUUUUUACUUUCCUCACUAUGCUGCAGAGGUUUUGAGUCAGCUGCUUGCAUCUACUCAGAGAGUGCAGGCAUUUCUUCUUCUUGAUGAAGAGAAGGAGCAAAUAAAAGACCUUCGAUUGCAGCGUUUCAUCAGCUAUCAUUAUGAACCUCGUAGUGACUGGGCUGUUGAUAUUGACCAUAUGACUGCUCGCUGGCCACUUGUGUACACAGAGGGCAGGAGAAGGUUCCAGAAGAAGAAAUUAAGAAGUAGUACGAGUUCUACUAAAAGUCUGCUUCAAGAGAGUGAUCUUGAUCAUGCUUUUUCUCUCAAAUAUGUUUCCCUGCAAAUAAAAAAGGGAGAACUUUUGGCUGUUGUUGGUGUCACAGGGUCAGGAAAGUCAUCCCUCCUCAUGUGCCUCAUUGGUGAACUGCCCUACGAGAUUGGCCAGAUCUCCAUUAAUGGACGGGUGAGCUACUGUGGUCAGACCAACUGGAUAUUUAGUGGGACAGUGAAGGACAAUAUACUGUUUGGGCACUCCCUUAAUCGAAAUCGAUACCAGCUUGUAAUUGAAGCCUGUGGUUUGACUCAAGACCUGGAACUGUUACCGAAAGGGGAUCAGACGUAUGUUGGCGAGCGGGGUCUUCAGUUGAGUGGAGGACAGAAAGCAAGAAUAUCCUUGGCCAGGUGUGUAUAUCAUGAUGCUGAUGUGUACCUGCUCGAUGACCCACUUAGUUCAGUUGACUCGCAUGUAGGCCUGCAUAUAUUUCAGAGAUGCAUUAAAGAUUUUCUGAGAGAGAAAACUGUGAUACUGGUCACUCAUCAACUGCAGUACUUGAAGCAAGUAGAUAGGAUUCUUGUUCUUCGAGAUGGAUCCAUCUAUGAUUCAGGAACAUACGAUGAGCUUAAGUUGAGAGGAGUUAACAUGAAGGCUCUUACAUCCUUAGAUGAACACCCUAAGCAUAUUUCUGAGGCUGCUAGGGAAGCAGAAGAAGAGGAAAUCAAAUUACUUCUUGAGAGCAAACAUUCAAAUGUGACUGAUGAUGGAAUUGAAGGAGAAGAUGAAGUACAAACUGGCUGUGUUGGGUUUCGUGUCUACUGGGAGUACUUUUGUGCAGGUUAUGGACCUGCAUUGUUGGCUGCCUUACUGCCAUUAUGGAUUGCUGGUCCAGCACUUUACUGUUUGUCAGAUUGGAUGCUAACUCAGUGGUUAAGAGAAAGACAGAGAGAAAAUCUGUCGGUACUGACAUACGGCGCAACCAACCAGACAGCCUCUUCGCUUACAGUUGUUAUAACAAGCAAAGCAAAUGCUGGCCAUAAUUCUGAUGACAUGCCCUUCACCUUGGAGACAUACAUUGUAGCAGUGGCAACAUGCUCUGUUGCUUUUGUUCUCUAUGCAGUCUUGUUUCUACAAAUGGCUGCCAUGGCUGGACAGAGACUUCAUGACAGGAUGCUCAAGAGUGUUAUGAAUGCUGUGGUGCACUUUUUUGACACUCAUUCUGUUGGGCAAGUUUUGAACAGAUUUUCAAGAGAUCUUGGUUUUAUUGACAACUCUGUUUCAGUACUUGGUUACGUAGUUUCAAUGAAAACCAUGCAGUACCUGGGAUUCUUUCUUGUCACAGUGAUUGCUAAUCCCUGGCUGACCAUUGCAAUUGUUCCUCUUCUGGUUUUCAUUGUGCUGAUAUGGCUGUAUGCAUUGCGAACUCUUCGACAGAUCAAAAGGCUGGAAGCUAAGGCUCGCAGCCCAGUCUACUCUCACAUGUCUGACACAAUACUGGGACUUGAAACCAUAAGAGCUUUAGGAAAGAAGGACCAGUUCCUUGCAGAAUUUGAUGAGCAUCAGAACAACCAUACAGCAGCAUGGUUCCUUUACCUCAGCUCGUACCGGUGGAUGUCAGUGAGGUCAUUGGCUGUUAUUGUGCUCUACAUGAUUAUCAUCAUAUUUGUUUCUCUUGGACUCAAGGAAACAUUAGAUGGAAACCUUUUGGCUUUGUCACUGAUUUACUGUAUUUCUAUGGCGGAGCCCUUUGAGUUCUACACAAGAGCAGCAGCUGAUUUGGAGACUUAUAUGACAUCAGUAGAACGAGUUCUAGAGUAUAGUAAUUUGGAACAAGAACCACCAAAAACCUCAGACAAGCCUCCAUCGCCAGACUGGCCAAAUAGAGGAGCUAUCACCUUCAACAAGAUAUCACUGCAGUAUUCCCCGGGAGCUCCCUUAACAUUGAAGAAUAUAGAAUGUCACAUUCAAGGCAAAGAAAAGAUUGGCAUUGUUGGAAGAACUGGUUCCGGCAAAAGUUCCCUUAUUACAUCAUUAUUCCGACUUGUGAAGCCAACUGGUGCAAUUUACAUUGAUGGUGUUGACAUAGGCAAGCUUGGACUGUAUGAGCUGCGCAGUAGGAUUUCUGUGAUCCCUCAAGACCCUGUUCUGUUCAGCCAAACGCUGAGAUGGAACCUGGAUCCACUGAAUGAAUACAGUGAUGAACGGCUGUGGAAUGCUCUGGAGCAGGUAUGUUUUAUCUAUGUUAAUAUUGUCUUUUUGCAUCAGCGUCUAACUGACACCAUCAUUCAAAGAACCCUGAGAGCAAAGUUUAGAGACAGUACAGUUUUGACCAUUGCCCAUCGAUUGUAUACUGUGAUGGAUUGCGAUAGAAUUAUGGUUCUGGAAGAUGGAGAGUUAAAAGAGUUUGACACUCCUUACAAUUUGCUGCAGAACUCAGAUGGUAUCUUUACAAGGCUGGUUCUGAGCACAGGCAAGAACAGUGCCAGGCAGUUACAGGCACUUGCUGAACUUUCACAGCACCAGAGAACAUCAGCAAGUCUGCAGCUACACCGAGCAAUGUUGUUAGCAAACGAACAGCUGGCCCAGAGCACAGAGGACUUGAGUUCAAACAAAGCUGUUCUCAGCUGGAAUAGGUUUACUCACAGCCAGGACUCACUAGAAAAGGCACACAUAGAGAAUAUCAUUGAAAAGGAAAAGGAAAAGAAGACAGUAGCUCCGUCUAGAAAAAUUAUUACUCGGCGCAGCCCUGGUCGAACAAAAAAGACUGUUGAUGAAAGGAAUGAAUUAAUCAAUUAUGAUACUCCACCCCGAGCUCACACAGACUCUCACUUGCUGGACAGGAAACAGACGGAUGAAAAAUUGCGUCAUUAUGCCAACAGAAGCCAGACUGACAACAAAAUACAUCCACAGAGUGACAGAGAAGACAGUGAGAGGUCAGAAGAUGUUUCUGAAAAGUCACAGACAUUUAAUCCAGAAAGGAAGAUACUCAUUGAUAGUGAUAGAAGCACACAAAGUAAAGUCGACUCUUCUCGUAGACCUGUGACAAAAGGUCAAUCAAGUCCCAGCCAUAAGAGCUCUGAAAAAAGUAGGGAAAAUACAAAUCCUCAGCAAAGUAGACCAAAACCAGAUGGCUCGCAGAGCAAAGAUUUAAACAGUCGAACAGUACAGUCCACUAGAAUAUUAUCUGGUCCCUAUGUAUCAUUAGCUCAAGACGAACUGGAAGAGUUUGUAUGA